GUUUCAAGAUUUAAUUUAUAAAUUCUAGCAUAUGCAAUGACACUUGGGAAGACUGUGAUGACAACUGCUCUAAUACUUGCAAGCCCAAGGAGAUUAGGCUCCAGAAAUAUUAAUAUGGUUUUGAAUUUGUCAGUUUUAUUGAUUGACUGUAUAGUGGCCCUGAUUGAUUUUGCAAAUUGAGUAUCCUGAUAAUGUUCACUUAAUACGUGGAAACCAUGAGGCUGUUGAUAUCAAUGCACUCUUUGGUUUUCAUAUUGAAUGCAUUGAGAGAAUGGUAUGUAUAAUUGAUCAUAUAGGCAUGAUGUCCUUGCUCCAAAAUUUCAGAAUAUUACAUGUGCUAGUAUCAUAUGUGCAUGUAGGGAGAGAGUGAUGGAAUAUGGGCAGGGACAAGGUUCAGUCAACUUUUCAACUACCUCCCACUGGCUGUACUAAUUGAAAAGAAAAUCAUCUAUAUGCAUGGUGGCAUUGGGAGAUCUAUAAAUUCUGUAGAACAAAUAGAGAAGCUUGAAAGACCUAUUAUAAUGGAUGCUAUGUCUAUAAUUUUAAUGGAUCUUCUAUGGUCUGAUCCUACAGAAAACGAUGGUGUAGAGGGUCUGAGACCAAAUGCAAGAGGGCCUGGUCUUGUUACUUUUGGGGUAUGGAACAGUUCCCCAGAUGAGCAAAACCGCCUCAAAGCUCAAGUCUUUAACAACUCAAGUACUCCAUUUUCAAAAAACAAGCAGCUUCUUUACUGCAACAUUUGCAGAUUGUGAAGAAGAAUCACAAAACCCAAAGUGACCCAAGUAGAUGGUACAUUUUCAUGCACCAUAUAUGUGCCAUGUUUUGGAACAAUAUAAAUGUGUAUCAGCUUUUGAUGUCCCAAGUAGAUGGGCAUGUACUAGAAUGCUUUUCUUGUUUAAAAUGUAGGCUUCUCUGAUUGGGAAAUGCACCUAUUUUCCUUUUGAAGUUUAAA